CCCAACAUAGAAUAGUUUAUCCUGCUUCAGGAGUAGAUCACCAACUACCACCAUACCAGCCACUUUCCGACAACGACAAAACGAUGGGUAUCUUCCUUUACAAAAACAAUCUAAAGCCAAUAAUUCAUUACCAGCCAUUUUUCAGAAAGAUACAUCGAUCCAAUCUACAGUAUUUUCGAUGGAGAACUCUACAGUUGAUGGCAAAGGAGGAGAAAAGGGCGAGAAUUUCUCCUACGCUAUGCAACUCGUCACAUCUGCUUCACUGCCUAUGGUUUUAUACAACGCAGUGAAGCUGAAUCUGUUUGGAAUCAUUGCUAAAGCUGGCCAUGGAUCGAAACUAUCACCAGCCCAGAUUUCAGCCCAGUUGGAUACCCAAAAUCCGGGUGCAGCUUCCAUGCUCGACAGAAUGCUUCGUUUACUGAGUACCUACUCUGUUCUCACUUACGAUGAAGUUGCUGCCGAGGAUGGUGCGGGAUGUGAAAGAGUUUAUGGGUUGACCUCAGUUGGGGAGUUCUUUGUCCCGGAUGAGAAUGGUAUCUCGAUUUCGCCUCUAGUGGAAUUGCUCCAUGAUAAAGUUUUGAUGGAUAGUUGGUAUGAACUCGGGAAUGCUGUUAUUGAAGGAGAUGUCCCGUUCAAUAGAGUCCAUGGGACCCAUGCAUUUGAUUACCCUAGCCGGGAUCCCAGGUUCAAUGAGCUGUUCAACAAGGGAAUGGUUGGUCCAACUGCCAUCACUAUGAAUGAAAUAUUGGAUCAUUAUAAGGGGUUUGAACAGCUUCAUACAUUGGUUGAUGUUGGCGGUGGCCUUGGAAUAACACUCCACAAGAUUAUAUCAAAAUAUCCCUCCAUCAAGGGCAUUAAUUUUGAUUUACCACACGUAGUUGAAGCUGCACCAUCGUAUCCUGGAGUGGUGCACGUUGGGGGAGAUAUGUUUGAAAGUGUUCCAGGUGGAGAUGCCAUUUUUAUGAAGGUAGCCUCCAUUGUUCGUAAAGUUUAUGGUUUGAUUCUAUAAUAUAUGCUCCUAAACCCUUGCAAGUGAAACUAAUGUAGAUUAAUUUUUGUCAGCAUUCACAUUAUCACUAGUGUUACUUACCAUGUUAAUGUGUAUCGUGGAUUUUAUUGUUUGCUGGCUAGAUUCAGUGCAAAGGCAGAAGUGUUUUGUAAUUUAUUUUCUGCAAUGGCUAGAAUUUAUGCUCUCAAGGUGGUGUUUUAGGUCACAACAAUCCAAAACACUACUUCUUACAAAAGCGGUUUUGUGAAAUUAGUAACAGCGUUGCUGUACUUAACUACGCAUUGCACCUUAUUGAAACGUGAUUGGUAACUUUUGACAGAUGAUACUUCAUGAUUGGAGUGAUGAUCAUUGCUUGAAAUUGCUGAAGAACUGCUACAAAGCUCUUUCAGAUAAUGGGAAAGUAAUAGUUGGUGAUCUGAUUCUACCUGCAAAACCUGAUACGAGCAGUGCUUCGAAAGGUAUUUGCCAGUCUGAUGUGCUCAUGAUGACAAUAAAUCCGGGAGGAAAAGAAAGAUCAGAAAAUGAGGUUCGGGCAUUGGCUGUUGGUGCUGGAUUCGGAGACUUGAGACUGGUAUGUCAGGCCGGCAAUUUAGGUAUCAUAGAAAUCUACAAGUAAAUGAAUGUUUCGGCAUGAUUCUGUUCGGGAGCUUUCUUUUAUUGGUUGCUUUUAACUGUUUAUCAUGUUAUUUAAGUAUGACUUGCGAAAUGAAUUCCUAAUACAAGACAAAAGAAAAGACACAACUUUAAAGCUGUACUGUGUCCCGACUUUCCCCGUGCUAACAUUUAUGCUGGCACGACCUUUGAGCUUUUGAUAUUAAUCUUUCUUUGAUUUUGUGUUAUCUUCUCUUGAACAUGAGCCUCCCCUAAGACGUAUCAUUCACGAGUGGAUUAUAAUUUUCCCCUGAUUUGGAAUGACAUAAUAAUAGAUUUGUAAGAAAAUUAUUUUCAUGUACAGAAAAUAAGACUUGAUGAAAAGAACUGUAAGUGAUUGCCGCAGAAAUACCUAGGAAUUGCCUAGUUACACAUUGAUCUGCCGGCGAUAGUUAAACAUUUAUAGAGUGUGUUAGAUGUUAUCUUUCAAACAAGAGCUAAAAGAAAGAUCCUCUGUUCGCCUUUGGCCACAAAGCUGAUGAAAUGACAUUCACUUAUUUCUUUAGCUAUCCUAUCGCUACCUGCAUGUCACUAGAGUAACCACCCCUGCAACCAAGAUUUACUCUGUAUGCGGCGUCACUCAUACUGUAAUAGUCUUGCCUGUUUGCUGACUGGAAAGAAACAGUUUCCGUAACGCCUUCCAGCCUGGGCAUUAGCUUGGGAGACCAAUGAUUCAUCAAUCAUCAUCCGCAGAAAGGGUGUACCACAAGCAAGUCCUGGUAUCCAUAAGGGUCCAACAUGAUCCAUUUUUCUAGUGCUUUCCAUGGCCUUGUGUUGUUUUCCACGUGAUCCGUAAUGGAGAAUCCGUAGCUUUGUUCCAGGAUUGUUCGGCAAUCUUAUUGAUUCAACCAAUGGCCGUAAUGUAGAAACCCCUGUUAACAAUUGCGGAAUGGUUAAUGGAAAAUCGAAAUGCAUAUUUCUUUAGGAACUGUGGAUGGAACCAAGAGUCGAGCCAAACUGGUCUAGUGGUCUUCAUGGCAUGUGAAUGAUAUUCGGAAUUGAUUCAACAAAACAUUUUUUAUUUUAUUUCAUUAUUUAUUUAUUUAUUUUUUCUUGCGCCACCAGAAGGAACAGAACCUAGAAUAUUGGGGCAUUGUGGAAGCCCCAAUAACAUCCGGUACACUGUGCAGCCAAGAAGAGAACCUCCCGUUGCAACUCCAACAUACAAUUAUUCAUUUGACUAUCAUCAAUUGGGUACAUAAUUCGAAUCCUUAUAAACAUCGUACAUUGAAAAUUUUAAAUUAUAUGAUAUGUAUCGUAUUUUGUAUUGACGACCGGCAGCGGCUGAACGGGCAGCACGAAUGGAGAAGAAGGACUGAGUUUUUUCUUCUUGAAUUUUUUUUCCUUUUGAGUUUUUUUCCCUUGAGUAUGCGGCAGCUCUAAAAUCAAAGCUCACUUGACGUGGAUGAAACUAAUGGGCAAAGAGUGUUCUCUUCCAUUACUUUCUUUGUCAAUGUUGAAAAUUUAUAUUUCAAAAGAAUUGAUUAGAUAAUAUAGUUACAAAUAUACCG